AAUGCAUUUACAUUCUUCGUCGGCACUCAAAGAUAUAUAUUUUAUUAGUCCUUGUUUUAUCCUACGGCUUCUAGUUGAUCCAAUUUCAAGGGCAGUUUAUUCAUCUGAAUGAUUGGUCGUGGAAACAUAAACAAUGUGGAAUUGCGAUGUGUAAUGAUUGGAGUAGGGGACAGUGGCGGCUUACUGGCCGCACGAUGUUGACCACAAGAACGGCUGUGUUGAUACUGUUGGUGUCUGUAACAACUGCUUGCUAUUUAUUCCCAAGUGACGUUCCUAAUCCUUGUCGUGGUGUGACAUGCGGUCCCGGUGCUCUGUGCCGCCCAACACCUGAUGGCCUUUCCUACAACUGCGAGUGCCCCACAUCGUGCCCCAGCUACGGUGACCACGAAGGGUCGCGACCACUGUGUGCGAGUGAUGCCAGAGAUUACCCUGGCGAAUGUGAGAUGCGCAGGGCUGCAUGCGAGUCCAACACUAAUAUAACUUUCAAGUAUUACGGAAAAUGUGAUCCGUGUGCUGGAGUGACCUGCCCUGAUCCAGAAGUGUGUCAAUUGGACGAGCGUCGGUCUCCGUCUUGCCGCUGUGCGGAGCCCUGUCCGCUAGAGUUCUCGCCUGUUUGUGCCUCUGACGGCAAAACAUACUCCAACGAGUGUCAAAUGCACCGCGAGUCGUGUCGUGCUAGGAAACAGCUAAAGAUAAUAUUCAAGGGACAAUGUAGUUCUGGUGUAAAUCCGUGCGCGGAGGUGGAGUGUCGUCACGGCGCUGAGUGUAGAGUUGAAGGCGGUGGCGCUGUUUGCGCUUGCCCGCCGCCGUGCGAACCCGUACUGCGGCCCGUAUGCGGCGGAGACUCGCGCACGCACGAUAGUGAGUGCGAGCUGCGUCGGGCUGCCUGCCUGCUUGGCAGGGAGCUGCGUGUACUGCACGCCGGCGCCUGUGGUUCGAACGGUAUAUGCGCGGGACGCGUGUGCCCGCACGGCGGUGAAUGCGUACCGUCGGGCGGUCGCGGCGUCUGCCGCUGCCCGCGCUGCUCCAAUGAAUUCGCACCAGUUUGUGGCUCUGACGGCAUCUCGUACGGAAACCGCUGCAAGCUACAGCUAGAGGCUUGUCGACAUCGCCGCGACGUCCAAGUGCUCUACGAUGGCCCUUGCAACGGUUGUGAAAACAAGAAAUGCGAGUAUUAUGCGGUCUGCGAAAGUGACGGUGUCUCUGAAGCGAGUUGUGUAUGUCCGAAACAUUGUGAGGAGGGAACUGAGACAGAAGAAGUUUGCGGUAAUGACAAUCGUACCUACAGCAGCGUUUGUGCGUUACGUAAUGAAGCGUGCCGAGAAAAACGAAAACUUCAUGUCAAACACAUGGGAUCGUGUGAAUCGUGCGCAGCGGUGCAGUGUCCGGCGGGCACGUGGUGUGCGCGCGGCGCGUGCGCGUGCAGCACGCCGUGCGCGGACGAGGCGCGCGAGCCCGUGUGCGCAGACUCGCGCGUCACGUACGCGCACGCGUGCGCGCUGCGGCGCGCCGCCUGCGAGGCGCGCAUGCGCGGCGACCCGCCCCUCCGCCUCGCGUACUACGGCGAGUGCUCCGAUGCACAGGACGACAACUCUACAACUGGAUUAAAUAAGACGGGAAAACUCAUAGAUAUAAGUAAUGAGAUCCGUUCAUCAGACGAAACUGCGGAAAGUUCUAGCGAGCCUGGUGCUAGCACUGCUGUGUGUGCGAGAGUACAGUGUGCCUAUGAGGCUACGUGCGCUGUCGACUCCAAUGGACAACCGAGAUGUGCUUGCUUGUUUGAUUGCGCGGCGGCGGCUGCUGCCGCUGCUUCUUCAGCCCCGGUGUGCGCUUCCGACUUGAGAUUGUAUCCUACAUUGUGUCAUAUGAAGUUAGAAGCGUGUCGGCGACAAGAGGACCUCAGGCUACGGCCACUUGCUCUAUGCAGGGGUCUAGAAUUUAGACCGUGUGGCGAUGACGAGCCAUUAACAGAUGCUGAGGGUAGACCGUUGGAUUGUGGGGGAGGACCACAUCGCAAAGAUUGUCCUAUUGGCAGUUACUGUCACCACACCGCUAAAGCUGCUCGUUGCUGUAAGAAAGAAAAAGGGUCAGUGGAAACGAAGAGCUGCCAGGAGUCGUGGCACGGGUGCUGCUCGGACGGCGUGACGGCGGCGCACGGGCCGGGCGGCGCGGGCUGCCCGGCGCGGUGCGGCUGCCACCGGCUGGGCGCGGCCGGCGAGCGCUGCGACGCGGCCGGACAGUGCGCGUGCCGGCCCGGCGUCGGCGGCCUGCGCUGCGACCGCUGCCAGCCCGGCUACUGGGGGCUGCCGCGCAUCGGCUCCGGACACGCCGGCUGCAUACCAUGUGGCUGUUCAGCGUUUGGGUCUGUACGCGAGGACUGCGAACAGAUGACUGGUCGAUGUGUUUGUAAACCAGGGAUCCAGGGACAAAAAUGUACUGUCUGCUCUAACCAUGAACACACACUUGGACCCAAUGGAUGUUAUGACCCGGAAUCCACCCAACUACCAGCGACGGAUUGCGAGCACAUGACGUGCUACUUCGGUGCGUACUGCGUCGUCCGCAGUGGGCUGGCGAGCUGCGAGUGCGGCGCGGGCGACUGUGAGACCGGUUCCGGUUCCGGUUCCGGUUCCGCGAGCGCGCCGGCCGUGUGCGGCAGCGACGGCCGCACGUACCUGUCCACGUGCCACCUGCGCGCGCACGCGUGCCGCACGCAGGCCGACAUCGUGGCGCAGGCCUUCGGGCCGUGCGCGGACGAGCCGCACGUCAGGCGAGACGAUAUCUAUGGAGAAGUUAGCGGUAUCUCGGAGAAAGCCGAUGAACCAGUUAAUUGCGUUGUGAAAUCUUCUAGUCCGAAAAUUGAUUUAGAUGACGAUUUGGAGAUUCAGACGACGAAUCAUGUAGAGGAAGAAUCAGAUUAUUCACAGUAUGAGGAUUACAUGGGAGUGAAAAAUGAAAUUUAUAAAGUGCCGCUGUUUGAUGGCACAGCGAGUAUAUCAGCGAGAGUGCGAUUGCCCGGUAAACGAUUUGAUGUAUGGGCCGAAGUCUCCGCUGCGUGCGGUGAAGGUGCUUUAAUGAGUGCUGCUGGAGUGAGAGACUACUUGUGGGUAGGAUUUAAUGAAGAAAGAGCGGUAUUACGUUGGGACGCGGGUAGCGGGAUGCUAGAAUUGCAGUCAGGAAAAAUAAGAACAGGUGGAAAAUUGAAAAUAUCUGCACGAAGAUAUAAAAAAGAUGCCAUGCUGAGAGUUGGAACAACGACCAUAAGGGGUUCAGCGCAAGGGCGCAUGAACUCUCUAGAUGUGGACCCAUUCAUUUACGUUGGCAGCCCUCCUAAGAAUGUUACUAAGCUCACGGGUGCAUCAUUGUUGUCCGGUUUUGUGGGAUGCGUACAUAGACUGAGGGUGAGUGGACGUGACCUGAUUCCUCCUGCACGAGGCCUGCAUAUUACAACUCAGGGACUGAGACAUUGUACACCUCAUAAUGUUGCUCAACUAACAUGUCCAUGAACUAAGGUAUAAUACGGUUCUACUUCCUCGUACCCCAAAGUAUAUACAUCGUAACUGACUCUUGGUACAAUGCAGUAAAACGAUACGAUAUAAUAAAAUACGAGAUCGAAAUUAGUGUCUAGUAGCGAUCUUUAAUAGAUCUAUUGUGAUGUAUAAUGGAUUUAUUAAAGUUCGUUACAAGUUUGUACUGUACGCACAUGUUGUACUCAUGCGAUGCCAUUCUAGAAGAUUAAGAUGUCAUACCUCUUAUUAUGUAAUUUCACAGUUCUAAUACAAUUAAGAAAAAUAGAAUGACGGUAAUAUAUUUAAUUUUGUUUUGUAGAAUAUUUUUGGAAUCGUCAAAGUGUUUAGCUUUUUUAAAUUGACAUUUCAUCUGUCGUUUUACUGCAUUGAAUUAUAGGCAAGUAUUAUAUUGAAAAUGUUCCAAAAUAAUACGUUUAUUGUAUUAUUUAGAAAUUCGUUUAAUAAUUCACAAACAUACUUAGAUAUUUUACGUAGAUGCGUAAGCACUUUACAGGAAUUCGAUCUGUGGAAUUGUUUCAUACGAUUUUAGACGUCAUACGAUUCGUCUGCCAAUUUUCACCUAAAUCGAUGCAGUAGUUUAAUUAUAAGAUUGUAACAAACAGCUACAGAUAUUAACUUUUCUAUGAACUGUUUGUAGUAAGGCUGAAUAUAAAGAUUUGAUUAUGUCGUUAGUAUAUUAAAGCAGUAAUUUGCUGUUAGAUUUCUUUCUUAACUAUUGACUCUAUGUAUAAUUUCCAAGAACAAUGUAGUAUAUAACAAUUUCUGUACGCUAAACAUCUCAUUAUGAUAUUCUUUCUAUUAUAAUAUAUUAUAUUAAACAUAUUUAAUAUAAAAAGGUUAGAAAAAAAUAUCAAUUUACAAAUAAUUGUAUUAGAAUUACACUUGAUUUAAUAAGCAAUAAUGUAGUAGCUAACUAUAAAUUGAAUUAUAUUGAAAACUAUCUAAUAUUU